AAGGCGUGUCGUGGUACCAAGUGAGCUUAACGCACCUGGACGACGAACAGGAAACAACCAAGUUCAUCGUAGUUUGUCGGGUAACCCGGCCAGGGUGUUGUUCCUGCCACACCACGCUAUACCAUCAUGUUGGUGUGGACGUUAUUGCUGGGACUAACAACGAGUCUUUUGGUUAAUGGAGCACGACCAGAUCCACCAGCAUCUGGUAUUACGACUGUAGGCUCACUAAAACUAGCAAAUGCCGAAGAUUGUGCGGGAGUAGUUGCGUUUUCCGCUAUUUCGGGAGUUAAAACCGAUAAUCAACUUAAAUUUUCAAAGACGCUAGUCAAUAGAGGCGUCGGAUAUGUAACUGAAACAGGAAUAUUUACAACUCAUUGUCCAGGACUUUAUCAAUUUAGUGCAGCUGGAUAUGGUAGCGCUGAUUUAAAACUUACAUUAAAACGUAAAGAAAAUAAAUCUGACAGUUGGAAUCCCAUUGUGUCCACGGGAACAGGCGGUGGUUCGAAUCUAGUUUUAAUAGAUUCGGAAAUCGGUGAUCAGUUUGCUGUUUUCAUUGACGCGGGAAAAUCAAAUGAAGGAACGUCUUUCUCUGGUUAUCGAGUCGCUAAAAAGUGAACACUUUUUAUACAGAAAUAAAAAAUAUAAAUACGACUCGGUAAAAAAUAAUAUUAUCUAUAUGGUCACUGGAUUAAAAUAAGGCCGUCGUAAGCCUGAUCGGAACAUUCCCACCAAGAAACGUUUAAAUUAAAUAACAAAAAAAAAAAAACAAUUCUUAAUAAUUGUUGAGAAAUCAAUAGGGAGAGAUUUUAAAUUUCUAACGAGAUUUUAAAUUAACCGCAUUGAUGCUGCGAGGGAACCAUCUCAUCAUCACCAGCGAAACCGACCCAAUAAAAAAAUAUUCUUUACGGGAAUUAUACACACAACUGUAAUGAUAUUUUUGGGUUGGAAAAUGACAAGCCCAGCGAUAAUCUUCAUAGAUAAUCGCAAAGCAUGAAGUAGGGUAGAACUUGUCAUGCUAAACUCCGGAUUUGUUACACUACUACUCCCGAUGUACCUUUAUAUGGCUUUAAAAAAUUAGAGUUUACAUUUUGGUUUUUUUUUUUUUUUUUUUUUUUAGUUCUGUAAUACACAAUUUAUUUUUACUGACCUAUCGAUUGAUAAAACACACUGUGAUAGUUCCUAAACUUUAAUUCUAUUACUCUUUAUCUUGCAUUCACGUCAAUUAUACUUCAUAGAAUUUUAUUUAACUUUUAAACUUCAUUAUUAUAUAGUUUUCUUUCUACAAACUUGUUCUUCUAUCCUAUCAUCUAUUUCUUCAAUAUUUUUCAAUUAUUUUCCUUUAUAUUUCUUCUUUCUUCUCCUAUACUUUGAUACUAUUUCUUUCUUCUCCUAUACCUUCAUACUUUCUUUUCCUUCUUCUAUACCUUCAUCUUUUUUUUCUUCUUCUAUAUUUUUAUACUUUUCCUUUUUUCUUUUCUACUUUCUCUCCCUUCUUCUUUACUUUGAUACUUUGUCUUCUUUGCCUAUACCCUCAUACUUUUUCUUUCUUCUUAUAUAUUUUUAUACCUUUCCUUUCUUCUAUACUUUUUCUUCCUGUUCUUAUACUUUUAUUUUCUAUCUUCUUUCCCCUAUACCUUCAUACUUUUUCUUUCUCUUUCUACGUUAUACCUUUCCUUUCUUCUUCUGUACUUUUACUCUUUUUAUCUUUCCUAUAUUUUUAUACUUCGUCUUCUUUACUCUAAAGUUUUAUAUUCUUCCUUUCUUACUCUAAAUUUCUAUACUUUUCCUUAUUCUUCACUUUUCUCCAUACGUAUUUUUUAUUUUCUACAUGACCUCUCUUAUCUGUUCUAAAUUAAAAUCUAUAUCUUAUCUAUCUACAUUUUUUUUCUACUAUCUCCUCGCCUAUUGCUCAAUUUAUUUUAAAUUCUUUUUUUUCAACGUCUAAACGUCUCCUAUUUCUCAAUAUUCUUAACAAAACUAUUCUAAGCCUUUUUUUCUUUUUGAAUAAUAUUUUAUCUUCAGUUAUCUUCUAAGAACUUUCUCUACCCACCAGUAUUAUGAUCUCGAAAUUGUACGCCGUCUCUUGCCGUCACGUACUUGAAGAAAAAAAAUAAUAAUAAACAAUACACUGGACUUUCUAUUACAUUCUGUAUACUCAACUUAUUAUUCUCUCUACUCUUCUCCAUUCUUUACUUACUCUACUCUUCUUUUAUUUGCUUCACUCUCUCAACUCUUCAACUUCUAUUGCCUUCUUUCAAUCUUAUUUUUAUUUUACUUUCACACUUACAGUCUACUUGUUCUACAUCUACAUUUUUUUUCUGUACUUCUUAUGUACAUUUUUUCAAAUUUCUUUUUAAAAAUAAAAAUAUUUUCUAUUAUUUCUUUACAAUGCUAUUUUUUUUUUCCUGUCUUUCUUUUCUACAAAAAAAUUUCCUUUUAAUUUUUAUUUUCUUUUGUCUUCUUUCUUCUCAUCUUUUCUUGUUAUACUUCUUUCAUCUUUUUCUUCUCUUCUUUUUUUAAUUCUCAACUUUUUUCUUAAAAUUCUUGAUAAUUUAAAAAAAAUAUAAGCUAUGAAAUUUCAACUCUGAAUAAAUUUAUCUUCUUUACUUUGUCUUCUUUAUUUCUUCCAUUAAUUUCUCGUCUAUUUUUCUUUACCAAAAUUCAUAGCAUAAAUUUUCUUCUCUAUUUCUUCUAUUAAUUUCUUUUCUAAUUUUCUUUAUAAAAAAUUCACUACAAAGUUUUUUUCUUUAUUUCUUCUACUAUUUUCUUGUCUAAUUUUCUUUAUCAAAAAUUCCCAACAAAAUUUUAUUUUUUGUUUCUUCUACUAUUUUUUGCCUAAUUUUCUUUAUAAAAAAUUCACUGUAAAAUUUUCUUCUUUAUUUCUUUUAUUAAGUUUAUGUCUAAUUUUCUUUAACAAAAAUUUCCAGCAACAUUUUCUUCUUUAUUUCGUCUAUUAAUUUCUUGUCUUAUUUUCUGUUUCGAAAUUCCUAGCAACAUUUUCUUCUCUAUUUCUUCUUAUAAUUUCUUGCCUAUUUUCUUUCUCAAGAAUUUCUUGCACUAUUUUCUUUUUUAUUUCUUCUUUGAAUUUCUAGCCUAUUUUCUUUUUCAAAAAUUCCUAGCAAAAUUUUAUUUUCUAUUUCUUCUCUUAAUUUCUUGUCUAAUUUUCUUUACCAAAAAUCCACUGCAACUUUUCCUACCUUUCCAAAUACUUUUCAUAUUUUUCUUUACUUAUCUCUACACUUCUUCCGAAUCUAUACCACCGUUUCCUCUAGUCUAUCAGUAAUCUUUCAACAAUUACUAUUUUCACUUUACUGUAAUUAGUUAUAUAAAUAUAUACUGUCGAUAUCUUUUUAUUUUAAUUUGAAUACUGUUACUUUUACUUUCAAUUACUGUCAAUCAUUUACUUAACUGUUAUUUCCUACAUAAAUAUAUCAAUUCAUCUUCAUCUAAAUGUACAAAACAAACUUUAUUUAUCUAUUUUUAUCACUUGUUCUUUUUAAUUUCCAAAUAUAAAUAAAAAAUAAAUAUAUAAAUCUUUUUCCUUCUCAUUUUAUUUCUUCUUUACUAUCCUAUCACUCUUAUCUCUUAUCUAUUUUUAAAAUCCACUUCAAUGUGUUCUUACAUUUCCUUUCUGGAUCUAUCACAGAUUUAAAUAAAAUUUUUAUAUUUUAUCUUUAACAAAAAAAAGUUGUUAAAAAAAUUGUUGUACAAGAAAAAUAUUAUAUUUUUAUUAUACAAAAAAAAAUA